GGUAUUGGUUUAAAUAAAACGCUACACAGAUUCAUUCAUACUUAAUAUACGUGGUCUUAAUACAGGCAUAUAUUAUUAGGUUGACACAUUCAUUUGACAUAUAAGUGGAAUAUCUCCAUAUUGACUGCUCCAACCUGAACGACCCUGAAUCUAUUCUAUGCAGACGUACUGAUCUGUACAAAGGAAGGAUGGCCCAUCGCAUUUCGUUGCGGACUUAGAUGUGUCCGUGCACAAAUGAUACGUAUCGUGAUCUGCGCGGAAGUGAUCUAGAAAAACACGAAUACUCGAUUCUUGCCGUGCCGUCAGUAGUUGCGGCUGUGACGUCUGCUGCUGUGGAGGUGACAUUAAAUAAUGUAUAGAGCGGUCAACAAAACACAUUUGAGACAGCUGUCCUGUCUCUUCAAGAGAUGUCAGAGUACCUUGGUAGUAGCAGAGCACAAUAAUGACAAUUUGUCCCCAAUCACACUAAGUGCGAUUACUGCUGCCAGUAAGCUCGGUGGAGAGGUGUCCUGUCUUGUUGCGGGAACCAACUGCACUAAGGUUGCAGAAGAAAUCAGUAAAGUCCAGGGUGUCCAAAAGGUUUUUGUGUCUCAACAUGAUGCGUACAAAGGCUUACUUCCAGAGGAGUUGACACCACUGAUUUUGGCCACCCAGCAGCAGUUUAAUUUUACACACAUCUGUGCAGGAGCGUCUGCUUUUGGGAAAAAUCUCCUUCCUAGAGUUGCUGCCAAGCUGGAUGUUGCUCCAAUCUCUGACAUCAUCGAGAUCAAAUCCCCUGAUACUUUUGUCAGGACCAUCUAUGCUGGGAACGCUGUCUGCACGGUCAAGUGCAACGAGAAUGUGAAGGUCUUCACGGUGAGGGGGACCUCUUUUGAGCCCGCGCCACUGGAAGGAGGCAGCGCUGCAGUGGAACAAGUUUCCCCCUCUGAUCCCGCGGGCAUGUCCGAGUGGCUGGAACAGAAUUUAUCCAAGAGUGACCGCCCAGAGCUCACCAGCGCAAAGGUGGUGGUGUCUGGAGGCAGAGGACUGAAGAGUGGGGACAACUUUAAGCUCUUAUAUGACCUGGCUGACAAAAUGAAUGCUGCAGUCGGAGCAUCCAGAGCUGCUGUUGAUGCUGGAUUUGUUCCCAACGACAUGCAGGUUGGACAGACGGGGAAGAUCGUGGCACCUGAACUUUACAUCGCUAUUGGGAUUUCAGGAGCCAUUCAGCAUCUGGCUGGAAUGAAGGACAGCAAGACCAUUGUUGCCAUUAACAAGGACCCAGAAGCUCCAAUUUUCCAAGUCGCUGACUUUGGUUUAGUUGCUGAUCUUUUCAAGGUUGUCCCUGAAAUGACCGAAGCUUUGAGUAAGUGAUGCGGCACAGGAAAAUCAUCCAGCACCAAGCUAUUCUCAGCCCUAAAAUGUGACCAUAACCUCUCCUCAUGCACAACAAAUACCUCCUGGAAAUAAUAGACUUUUUUCAUUUAUGCAAUAAAGAAUAGAAGUUGUUGGAAUUCUAAGUCGUGUGUGAUUUUUCCAAUGCUCUGAUGAAUUACCUGUAUUCAGUGGUUGUUUCAUACAAAAUAUGAGUUGUAUUGCUACCAAAACAAAGAAUUAUGACAGUUCUUUAAAGUAUCAUUUUAAAAUAUUCAAUAAAAUGGAAUGCACUGUAUAAAUAAAGCAUUGCCUUUUUUGUGCUAAA